GCUCUGCGGCGGCUGGGCGGACGGAGAGCCGCACUGCACCCCCGCCACAGCGCUCGGUCCCCGGCGUGGCCCUCGUCCGUCAUCGCGAUGGGAAUGACCGCGGCGGAGCGUCCCGCGCCGGACGCGCGCAGUAUAAAACGGCGCUGCCGCCCUCCGCUGUGAAGUGAGGGAGAGGAGGAGGAGGAGGAAGAGGAAGAGGAGGAUGACACGCAUCUUGACAUGAGAAGUGAUCCCCAGGAGCACAACUUGGACAAAGACGACCCCCGGAGCCCGGCGUGUGCGCCCUGAACCGGGACCAUGAGCCCCGCGGCGCGCCUGGACGCACUGCUCUUUUGUACGGUGGUGGUUGGCGUCUCCGCCCGAGUUUUGACCACCAUCUCGCCGAAUGGCCAGCAAGUCCUUUCCCCGCGCCACUAUCAGCACACCGACCCAGCCUCGGGCGCCCGGCUGGUCUGCGACAAGUGCCCCGCCGGGACCCACGUCUCGGCCCACUGCUCCGCCGCCGCCGUGAGGGAGUGCAGCCCCUGCCCGGAGGGCACCUUCACCCGGGGCGAGAACGGCGUGGAGCAGUGCCACCGCUGUCGGGCACCGUGUCCCGAGGGCCUCCUGGAGAAGACCCCCUGCACGUCCACCCAGGACCGCACCUGCGCCUGUCCGCCCGACAGCUUCCUGUCGGGCGACGGCGGGGGGCGCUGCAAGCCCCACUCGCUGUGCCCCCCGGGGACCAGGGUGAAGAAGAAGGGCAGCGAGGUGGAGGACGCCGUGUGCAAACCCUGCACCAAGGGGACCUUCUCAGACGUGGCGUCGAGCGCGACCAAGUGCCGAAACUACACCAACUGCCAAGCUGUGGGGCUGGUGCUGCUCUCGCCGGGGACGAAGGAGACGGACAACGUCUGUGGUCCCCCGUCCACUGUCCCACCGCAUGCCUCCAGAACCACGCCACUGGGCGCCGCGCUGGCCGUGCUGUUAGAGGAACCCAAGACGUCUUUGAUCUCUCCAGCGUCGCUCAUUGGAAAUCAGAACAAAGGGACUCACAGCCAGUCGGCAGCCAUCCAGCUGAGGGGAACCCUGGGAGGGGAAGACCACAGGGCAGAGGGGCUUCUCCUCGGCCGUCCUGGCGCUCCCACGGCACCAAACCGCGAUCCCCCAUGGACUCCACCCUCCCUGGCUCGCGAGGAACCGAUGCGCCUCGAGCAAAAGGGGCAAUCGGACUCCGACCCGAUUCCGGGGCCAAGCAAGCGGGAUGGUUCGGCGGCGGGAGACGGGGUCAGGGUCAGUGUGGGGAUCAACAAGGCGUCUGGGCAGGGGGGUAACGACGGGGUCUCCAGCUACUACAGGCCGACUCGGAGGGGGUCCCCGAGGCCGAGCCCCCACAAUCACUUUGACAUCAACGAGCACCUGCCGUGGAUGAUCGUGCUGCUGCUGCUGCUGGUGCUCGUGGUCAUCGUGGUGUGCAGCGUGAAGCGGAGCUCCCGGGUGCUGAAGAAGGGCCCGAUGCAGGACCCCAGCAGCAUCAUGGAGAAGGCCAUUCAGAAGAAGCCUCCUGCCCCACCGGCCCAAGCCAGAGAGAAGUGGAUCUACUACUCCAAUGGACAGGGGGUGGACAUCCUGAAGCUGGUGGCCGCCCAGGUGGGCACUCAGUGGAUCGACAUCUACCAGUCGCUGGCCAACGCCACGGAGCGCGAGGUGGCCGCCUUUUCCAACGGCUACUCGUCGGACCACGAGCGGGCGUACGCCGCGCUGCAGCACUGGACCAUCCGCGACGGCGACGCCAACCUGGCCAAGCUGAUCAACGCCCUGCACCGGCAGCGCCGCAUCGACGUGGUGGAGAAGGUGCGCUGCGUCAUGGAGGACAACCCGCAGUUUGACAUCAACCAGCUGAUGACCUCAGUGAAUGUAAGCCAGAGCCUCAGUCCCAUCCACAAGCCGCUGGAUUCCCCCGGCAGCGUUGGCAGCGUCGGCAGCGGGGCCAGCGGGAGCAGCGGGGGCAGCGGCGGCAGCGGCGGCGUGGUCCGGGCGGGCGGCGCUGGCGUGGAGCAGUCCCCUGUGGACCGCACCAAAGGCUUCUUCCCCGACGAGUCUGAGCCGCUGCUGCGCUGCGACUCCACCUCCAGCAAGGACUCGGCCCUCAGCCGGAACGGCUCCUUCAUUACCAAAGAAAAGAAAGACACGGUGCUGCGGCAGGUGCGCCUGGACCCGUGCGACCUGCAGCCCAUCUUCGACGACAUGCUGCACAUCCUGAACCCCGACGAGCUGCACGUCAUCGAGGCCAUCCCGGCCGCCGAGGACAAGCUGGACCGCCUCUUCGAGAUCGCCGGCGUCAAGAGUCAGGAGGCCAGCCAGACGCUGCUGGACUCCGUCUACAGUCACCUGCCCGAUCUGCUGUAGGGGGGGGGGGAGUGAGGAGGAAGCGGUACAGGAGGGAAAAAGAACGGCGCUAUCUUUGACCGCUACGCCCGGUACGGGGAAGGCCUUCCCCUCAUCCACACCGUCUAGUGGAUUUUAUAACUCUGUGCUCGUAUCUACACCUCUCCUUCUAUUCCAAUCGCCUACUUGUCUUGUGUGUGCACGAUCACUCUCUCGCUCCGGCUGAAAACAGGGUCGACACUCGGGUCUGGCGACCUCGGUGCCUGGGACUUACCACCAACACGUGACAGAUACCUCUCUGAACCGCCGCCGCCACAGCGUGUGGACCACGGAGUUAGAGACAAAACACUUGGUCGGGUAGCUUUGUUAGCUGUGUCACGGAUGGAGAACGUACUGGAAGUAUCUCCCGAAGGCUUUGCUCUGAUUCUGGCCCACUGGUGUCUUGAGCUCCACAGGGUUCUGAAGGUGCUCCACUGGCCUGAGAUCUGGUGACUGCAGGCCGUGUGAGUUCAGUAAACCGCCGUGAAGUGGUUUCAGGCGUCACCCUGCUGGUCAGGUACGAGCGUGUAACUCAGGUAGGAUAGUGUUCUUCACGUCAUGCACAGUUGACCAAGGAGCCCAGAACUCCCCCCUCGAGUACCAAACAUCUGAGCAGCGGCAUCCUGACUGAGGCAGCAGGACUCUGCAGAAUACACCCCCCCGUUUUCAGAAAGGUGUGUUUUCAGUGGCUCCUACGCCCAAAAACACAAAGUUUUGGGUUUUCUUUGUCACAUCGAAGCCUCAGAUUUAGAAGCGAUGAUCUGUUUUUCUGUUUUUGCUAACCGUCACCAUGUAGAUGGCACUUCAGACUCGGUCCAACCAGGGUCCUUCACACUUCCCAGCUUCAGCUCUUUAUCAUAUUCACCUCCGAGCUUCUUAGAAAGACCAACAGCGGCCAGUCUUUGCUCUCAGGUGUGUUCCUGCAGGUGGAGAAAUCCCUGUGGGGAGGUGGGGGAUGUUCCAGGCUUCAGUCGUCCUCCAGAACCUCCGAACUGAGAGAAGAGUUGAUUUGAGGCACUGACGUGGCGACUCCACAGAGAACGACACAACAAGCACUUUCAGCAUUCUGAAGGACCACGGUGUCACGCUUAGGCAAAUCUCUUCUGUACUUUCCAACCGGAGAUUAUCUCCUGGAGUUAAGAAUCACUGUGUUUACACACACACACACACACGCACACACGCACACACGCACACACACACACCCCUUUAGAAGCAGAUGAAACCAAACCCGACACACUGGUCCUUUAAAUGACCGAUGCCUUCGUGUUUUUCUUGAUUUUUUUUUCCUUGUUGGUGCCAAUUCAUUCAGGUUUUCUCACCAAUAAUCAUCAUCUUAAUCUUGAAAAUGAUAUUUAAGAUAAAGCUCGGCAGUCACUGCAAGAAAGGAAACUCCAUAUAAGCAACAACGAAUAAGCUAUAGCUCUAAAUGACACUGGUAUUAUUCUUUGAUUUUAUUGAUCUUUGAGUCACGUGCCUGAACUUCUCUUUUCCUUCUGUUCCCUUUGUUGUAGCUUUGGAAAAACUAUACAUCCAAAAUAUUAGAAACUUUCAAAUUACUCCAAAACUAAAGUUUUUCUUACUAAUAUUCCGAUGUAUGGUUUUUGCCUUUUUACUUUUUCUUUUGUUUUAUUGUUAUUUUGACAGAAAGAAUUAAAAGAAAAGGAUUUUGUUCGGUGUGAAUCAGAACCGAACAGGUUUUGAUGUUGCUUUGGAACUCCUGGUACUGAAACGCACAUCCAGCCCUCCGCUCGCUGUUCCCCGCCCGCCUCAGCUCAUGUAGCGUUGAUAAAGUGUUCUUCAUGCAUUUUGGAGCUUCAUGUCCGCCUGAACGUCCGACGAUGUCCAGUUUUCCAUCCUGUAGUCAUUUAAAAUGUAACACUGAUGCACUAAUGAUGUUUUCCUCUCUGGAGGCAGAUUCAUGCUGUCGGGCCCUUUAUUACAUUUUUUUUCCAUUUUCUUUUUUGUUCCGACAUGCUGUUAGCUAACAUUUAAUUUUGUUGUAGUGUUUCUUUUUUUUUCUAUAUUUACUUCUUAUGAUUCAUUAUGUUAUUGUCUCUGUUAGCACUAUGAUUUUGUCUCUGACGGGCAUUCACAUACUCCAUUUCUCUACUUGAAGUAGGACGAUCACGGGCUCUUCUUUCAGUUCCUUCUGCAUCCGAUCUUCUUAACAUUUAGAAAACACCACCCAAAAAAAUGAAAUAUUGAAAAAAAAAAAAAAAAAAAAAAAAAAGACAGAAACCUGCUGUUGGGAGAGCGUUUCCACGGUGACGGACUCACCCAGCCCCAGGUGCGUCCGUGGUACAGUGGUGCUUCAUGGGAACUGUCAGCAGCCCUCCCCCGACACAAGGGAACGUGGGCGUGGAGCCCCGGACUGUAAGGACUAUUUGAAGUAUUCCAGACUGAGAGCCAGUCUGAAGCUCUGCUGCUGCAGUGGGUGAGGACGAGGCGGCGGCUCGCUCCCCGCCGCGGGACGCCAGCUUCUGAUUUACCGAGGAGCGAAAUGUGGCUUUGAAUGGAUGAUUACAGUAAAUUUCACACGUGUAACCAGUAUGUUUACUAUUAUGUAACCUCUUAAAAAUCAACCGAAUAAAGUUCGAAACAUUUGUA